AUGAAUAAUCAGUUAAUAGAAAAAAUAAUCACGUCCAAUAAUGAGCCAUGCCCGGAAUUUACGUUUGAGAAUCCAUUGUUAGACAAAAAUGUAGCAAAAGCUCUUUCAAAAAGUUUUAUCAAGAUUCUCAAUACGACAGAACCGAACUCGAAAGUGAAAAACAAUUUACGAUUAUCAAUACUAGAAAAAUUAAGAAAGAUGUGUCAGAUCGAACCAGAAAAUCACAUGAAAAUUGAUGAAAACGUUACCUCCAUGUUGGUAGAAGCUUACGAACAGAAAGAUUCAAGUACUGACAACGAUGGUACAGGUAAAAUACUUGAUGAAUUUUUGGUGCGAAAUAUGAAGGAUAUGAACAUUAAUAGUAGCCACAGCACAUCAAUAUCCCCCGAAGUUUUGCAAGCUCUGAUCAACCUAAACGGAAACCGAGGGAACCUAAAUACACUGUAUAAAGAUAUCAUUCAUUGGGAUAGCAUGGAUAAGAAAAAUAUGCACAUUCUAAAAGACUUAUGGUUAAAUGUUAGUAUGCAAUCUUAA